AUGUCACUUCAUCCACUUGACCCCGCUACUGCGGUCGAGAUCGAACAGGCUACCACCUUGGUCAAAGACGCUUAUCCUGGGAUUCCCCUGCAUUUCAAGGCCGGUGGUCUACAGGAACCACCCAAGGAGGCUUUGCUCAAUUUCCUCGACGCUGAACACAACAACAGACCCCUACCUUUUCUCCCAAGAUGUAUAUUUCUCAAUUGGUACAUCAAAAGGACGCCUAGGUUCUUCGAAGCCGUGGUAAAUGUAUCCAAUGGCACCUUUGUCCACCACGCUGAGCUUCCUCGAGACUUUCAUGGCCCGGGCGACCGAGCGGAGAUGAACGAAGUGGCCCAGGCUGUCAUGGCUGAUCCUGCAGUACAAGCAGAGAUUAAGCGCCUACAGAUUGAUGACACCACGGUCGUUCUUGACCCGUGGGACUAUGGUGUGGAUGGCGAGGACACACAAACGAGGCACGCUCAAGUGUUCAUGUACAUGAGAAACCCUGCAAACAACGACCCAGACUCCAAUCACUAUAGCUUUCCGCUAGACUUUAUGGUCACUGUUGACUUGUGCGCCAUGAAGGUGAAAAAGAUCAUCCGACUUCCUCUUGGGGCCGAUGAGAGCGUGACGCACGGCUCUAAUGUACUUCAUCGUCGUACGGCUCCAGAGGAGCCUGAAUAUGACCAUCGUCUGCAGAAGACUCCUCCGCGGAUGACAUUGAAACCGUACCAGGUGAUUCAGCCCGAGGGUGCCUCCUUCACUGUCAAAGGUCACCUUGUCGAGUGGGAGAAAUGGCGAUUCCGAGUUGGGUUCAACUGGCGUGAAGGAUUAACACUGCAUGACCUCUCUUUUGACGGUAAAAGCAACUUCUACCGUCUAUCGCUCGCUGAGAUGUUCGUUCCGUAUGGUGAUCCGCGCAAUCCCAUCUACCGUAAGGCUGCGUUUGAUCUGGGGAAUGUGGGAGCAGGUGUAACGGCCAACAACCUUGAGCUUGGCUGCGACUGCCUGGGGAUGAUCAAGUAUAUAGACGGUCACGUCGUUUCGGUAGACGGGAAUGCAUCUCCUCGACCCAAUGCGAUCUGUAUCCACGAGAUUGACAACGGGAUCCAAUGGAAGCACACCAAUCACCGUACCGGUAGAGCGACGGUAGUUCGCAAGCGCCAAUUGGUUCUCCAGACUAUCAUCACAGUUGCCAAUUACGAGUACAUCUUUAUGUGGUACUUUGACCAAUCUGGUGAGAUCACCUUCGAGACCAGAGCGACUGGGAUCCUCUCCACUCAACCUAUUGGAAAAGACGUCGUGGUCCCGUGGGGAACCCGCGUGGCAGAUGGUGUCAUGGCCCCGUACCACCAGCACUUGUUUAGCCUUCGGAUUGAUCCUGCGAUCGGCGGAGUGCGCAAUAGUUUUGCUUCCACAGAUUCUGUGGCCAUGCCAUGGGAUGAUCAACUCAAUCCUCUUGGUACAGGCUACGUGACAGAGCAGAAGAUCCUCGACCGAGCAGGUCAUGUUGAUGACGACGUCAGCAAAGGCCGGGUAUUCAAGAUACUAAAUGAAAACAUUGAGAACCCGGUCUCGGGAACCCCUCUGGGGUAUAAACUCGUUCCUCAUCGGUCCCAGAUGCUCCUAGCCAAACCCGGCUCCUGGCAUUGGCGGCGGUCUGAAUUCGCCGAGCACUCGAUCUGGGUCACCAGGUAUCACGACGCCCAGCUCUUCCCAGCCGGAAAAUACACAAACCAGUCGUUGGGUGGCACAGGCAUCAAGUCCUGGGUUGAGUCCCGGGAGAACGUCCGCAACCAGGAUAUUGUCAUCUGGCACACUUACGGUCUUACGCAUAACCCUCGUGUGGAGGACUUCCCAGUAAUGCCGGCAGAGAUUGUUCAGGUGCAUUUGAAACCUUACAAUUUCUGUUUAUUCAAUCCGACGAAUGACGUACCUCCAUCUAACCAGCAGGCGAAUCAGAGUGUUGAGUAUAAGGCUCCAGAGCCGGUGGGGUCUGUGUGCUGCAAGAGUAACUUGUAG